GGCCGACAAACACUUCGUGCGCUGCGUGAGUUGAACGUAGAAGCUUCUGACGGGAGUCAGCGCGCAGGACAGCGGUGUAUUUUCAGCAGAGAAAGGCUCUUAUCUGCGGUUUUCAAUCAUGUAUGUGGACUUCGAGAAGCUGCGGAUGAGCGGCGCGGGGAAAGCCAUCGCGGUCCUGACGAGCGGCGGAGACGCGCAGGGAAUGAACGCUGCUGUGCGUGCGGUAACACGCAUGGGCAUUUACGUGGGUGCUAAAGUCUACCUGAUUUAUGAGGGUUAUCAAGGACUGGUGGAUGGAGGAGAUCACAUCAAACUCGCCAACUGGCAGAGCGUCACCAACAUCAUUCAGCUGGGUGGCACCAUCAUCGGCAGCGCUCGCUGUAAAGCCUUCACCACGCGUGAGGGCCGUCUGUCCGCGGCGUUUCACCUGCUCCAGCGCCGCAUCACUAACCUGUGUGUGUGUGGAGGAGACGGCAGCCUCACCGGAGCCAACAUCUUCCGCAGCGAGUGGAGCGACCUGCUGGCUGAACUCGUGAAGCAAGGCCGGAUCACAGACUCUCUGGCGCAGCAGCACACACAUCUCAACAUCGUGGGUCUGGUGGGAUCCAUCGAUAAUGAUUUCUGUGGAACCGACAUGACGAUCGGAGCUGAUUCUGCUCUGCAUCGCAUCAUGGAAGUUAUUGAUGCAAUCAGCACCACGGCACAAAGUCAUCAGAGGACGUUUGUGCUGGAGGUGAUGGGACGACACUGCGGGUAUCUGGCGGUGGUGUCCGCUCUGGCGUCUGGUGCUGACUGGCUCUUCAUCCCCGAGGCUCCGCCGGAGGACGGAUGGGAAGAUCACAUGUGCACUCGACUCGGAGAGAGCCGCAGUAAAGGUUCUCGUCUGAACAUCGUGAUCAUCGCAGAAGGAGCCAUCGAUAAACACGGCCAGCUGAUCUCCUCCAACUACGUCAAAGACCUGGUGGUGCAGCGGUUGGGCUACGACACACGGGUCACUGUUCUGGGUCACGUCCAGAGAGGAGGAACACCAUCCGCCUUCGAUCGAGUCCUGAGCAGUAAGAUGGGUGUUGAGGCCGUGGUGGCUCUGCUGGAGGCGACUCCGGAGACGUCUGCGUGUGUCAUCGGUCUGUCUGGGAAUCACGCCAUGCGUCUGCCGCUCAUGGAGUGUGUGAACAUGACGAAAGAGGUUCAGAAAGCCAUGAAUGAGAAGAGGUUUGAAGAGGCCAUUCAGCUGCGGGGCAAGAGUUUUGAGAACAACUGGAACACGUACAAGCUUUUAGCUCAUCAGAAACCAGCUCAGUCCAAGAGUAAUCACUCGAUGGCGAUCCUGAACGUCGGUGCUCCGGCUGCUGGGAUGAAUGCUGCGGUGAGAUCCGCGGUUCGAGUGGGACUCGCUCAGGGUCACAGGGUUUACACCAUCCAUGAUGGCUUCGAGGGUCUGGCCAAAGACGCGGUCACUGAGGUUCACUGGCAUGAUGUGGCUGGAUGGACUGGGCAGGGAGGAUCUCUGCUGGGCACCAAACGAACUCUUCCCAACUCCUGCAUGGAGAACAUUGUGGCCAAUAUCGGCAAAUACAACAUACAGUCGCUGCUGGUGAUUGGUGGAUUUGAGGCGUAUGAGGGAGUUCUGCAGCUGGUUGAGGCUCGAGGCCGCUAUGAUGAACUGUGCAUCGCCAUGUGUGUGAUUCCCGCCACCAUCAGCAACAACGUGCCGGGCACAGACUUCAGUUUGGGAGCAGACACGGCUGUGAACGCCGCGAUGGAGAGCUGCGACAAAAUCAAGCAGUCUGCGUCUGGAACCAAACGCCGCGUCUUCAUCGUGGAGACCAUGGGCGGAUACUGCGGUUACCUAGCAACCACCACCGGCAUCGCCGUGGGAGCAGACGCCGUCUACAUCUAUGAGGAGCCGUUCAGCAUCCACGAGCUGGAGAUGAAUGUGGAGCAUCUGACGGAGAAAAUGAAGAACGAUAUUCAGAGGGGACUAGUGUUGAGGAAUGAGAAGUGUAACAACCACUACACCACUGACUUCAUCCACAAUCUGUACUCCGCCGAGGGCAAAGGCAUCUUCGACUGCAGGGUCAAUGUUCUGGGUCACCUGCAGCAGGGCGGCGUUCCCACUCCAUUUGACAGGAACUUUGGCACUAAAAUGGGCGUGAAGUCAGUUCUGUGGCUCACGGAGAAGAUGAACAACACGUACAGACAGGGCCGUGUGUUUGCGAACGCUCCAGAUACAGCUUGUGUGAUCGGCAUGAAGAAGAAAGUGAUGUCCUUCAGCCCAGUCACCGAACUCAAAGCACACACAGACUUCGAACACCGGAUGCCGAAGGAGCAGUGGUGGCUGAACCUGCGUCCCAUGCUCAAGAUGUUGGCCAAAUAUCAGACCAAUUUCAACGAGUACGUGACGGGCGAGAUCGAACAUGUGACGCGCCGCUCGCUCAGCGUGGAGACUGGCUUCUGAACAGCUGCUGUCUCUCUCUCUCUCUCUCUCUCUCUCUCUCUCUCUCUGUCUCUCACUCUGUCUCUCUCUGUCUCUCUCUCUCUCUCUCUCUCUCCAGAAGAGUCAUUAACCCUCGAAACACCUGAGCCAAUCAUUAAACACCGUUAUUAACACCCUGACAUUCAUGAGCAAAUGUGACAGAACAGAUGUUGUGUUCGUGCCUUUGUCUUCUAUCUAUUCCUUUUUCUGUUGUAAUACUCCCGUCACAUUAUGUCCAUCUUUAUAUUUCGAGUUUGUGUACAAGAAUCUUUUUCUCUAUAAUUAGCUUGUUUGCAUGUUUGUACUGAAUUAUUGAGCUUCUCUGAACUGACCUGUAGAAAUGCUGCCCUUUUUUACCCUGAGUUCAUGUUUACAGAUGAAUAUAAUAAAGUAAAGAUUUGCUUCAGUGAUUAAUAAAACGAUAGAUUUCCUGCUGAUUAACAA